AUGGGAGGUACCGAAAGUCAUUUAGGUGUGGCUAAAGCUAAAGAGGCGGCAGCAGAGUCACAAGAAUCCAAUUCAGUUUUGGAUUUAACUUCAGACUUUUCUGCUCCGUAUGUUGUUGGAUCAAGUAGUGAUCAUCAUCCUAGUGGUUCGACUUCCAGUUCUCAGGGAGUAUAUGACCAUGCCCAUCUGGCACCUUCACCAGUUGAAGACCCGUCCAUUUCUGUAUCAUCUCACAACUUAAACUCAAACACCGCUUCCCCUCAAAACUUUCCCCUGAUGGAUUCUGAGAUUGACAAACGCGUUGCAAGUUUUCAAACGUAUAUCGAGUCAAUUGCUGAGAUUAAACCAACGGAUCCAAUAUAUUUGAAAAAUUGGGAAUUCAGAACUAUUUGCAAGGCUCGAACAGAUGUGACUCAAGAUGUAGAUACACUAACAAAGCUCUACAGAAUAUUAAUUGAAGAAAUGUGGAAAUCACACGUGACAACGCUCUGCCCAAGUCCUGAUUUAGAUUACAAGAUCGAAUUUGAAAGGCUCUUUGGCUGGCUGAAAAUGCAAAUGUUUACACCAGAAGAAGGUCUCCCAAUCCAUGGUUGGAUGAACUAUAAGGAGCAAAUGCCCUGGUGGGAUAGAUUUCAGGGGAGACAUGCAGAUUAUAAUAAGGUCCAGACCUACCUAUUGAGAUACUUCUCUCAAGAGGUAAAACCUGUUCAUCAGUUAUCAUAUGGGAGUAUAGUCCCAGAGCUGCUAAGGGUAUACUCCAAUUAUGUCAGAGAAGCCGCGAGAGCCCGGCUGGCCGUCGCCGGCGUCGGCGAUCAGGCCCGCUACGCCUUCUGGUGCCGCGGCUCCGGUAGCCCCGCCAAGGAGAGGUCGGUCAUGUGUAAGCUCGUCGAGGUCAAGCGCCCCGCGGCGGCCUCCCCUUCAAAGCCUUCCCCGCCGGCCGGAGAGCUCAUGGUUCUGGUGAGGACGUGCAGCGGGUGGAUGGACCUCAACGGCUAUUUGCGCGAUUUUCUCAACGCUUCCUGA